AUGGUUUCUUCAAGGCGAUUCGCUGCGAGUACUACCGCAGUGGAGACACAGUCUCACCCCGUUCGGAGCAGCAGACGUCAAAUCGCAUCAUACAACGAAACUUCAGCGACAGACUCCAGCUUAUCCGAGGACGAUCAAGAGGACUCUGAUACUGCCGCUACAUGGCGACGCUCUUCUACUAGGCGUCGUAAUACCCGCAACCAAUCUGUUGCCUCUGCAUCAAGUAGCCGCCCCAAACGCACUGUCUCCAAGCCAAGAACAUAUCAAGAGCCUUCCUCGGAUGAGGACUUGGACAGCGUUAUUGCUCGCUACCCCGAAAUGGUUACGCCUCCUAGCAGAAACUCGCAAUCUGCGUCUCAACCAUCUCGUACUAGUGCGCGGCUACGGCAGCAUCAUGCAGAGGCUUCUCCAACUAAGAGAAAGCGGACUCCCGUUCAAUCACCUCGCAAGCGUCGACAGGCCGAGUCGACGACUGAGGUAAAUCAGUCGGCACCUCCUUGGCAAACUUUACCCUACCAGGUGCUAUUGAGUAUCUUUUUGUAUGCAUUUCCUCCGCUGGUAGACACCAGGCAAGGAGUGGAAACGCAAUCGGCAAAAAAGCUGCUAGACAUCGCUUUACUAUGCCGUUCCUUUGCAGACCCAGCACUGAGCGCUCUGUAUCACACGCUUGUGCUCAUGGGAUCUCUCAAGGCGCAUAGAAUCCUGUUUCUCCUGUCGCAGCCCAACGACCGUCUUUCCGUGAAUUACCCGGCCAAGGUGCAGGAAGUUCUCAUCGAUGUCCGCUUAACCCUUGUGUACAAAACAGGGCCAACGUACGGUUACUUUGAUAUCUGCAAACUCAUACAAAAAGUGCCACAUAUCAAGUCACUUCGGCUGUUCGAUUCAAAUGAUGGCAAACAGCCUUUGUGGGCAGAUCGUACUCCCCGCUGGAACUAUCCUUCAGCACUGUUUGAGACGUUGAAAACAAGCAAUGUCCGCUUACAUACAUUUGACUGGAAUAUCCGGUACAUGGAGACGCGAGCCCUGAUUGAUACCAUGCUGUUGCGUCACCACGAGACGACCUUUCAAGGCAUUCGCAGUUUGAACCUGUUCCACAUCCAUUCCGACGAAGUUGUUCCAUCGAGGAUGGAAGAGUAUCCCGAUGAACCGGCCAUUGAAAAGGGACUUGGGGAAGCAUUAUGUCUACUGCCAGAUCUACAGGUUGUGUCUUUUACCGAUUGUGGAGCCGUUAAUGAGGUGCUAUUUUCCGCAAUGCCGUCGACAUUGAGCUCACUUACUCUUGACAACUGUGACGAAGUAGGCACAACAGCAUUCAGUGCAUUCUUGACCGACCGUGGAUCUUGUUUACGGCAGCUAGUGCUGAAACAUAACCGACAUCUCAAUAUGUCUUUCAUGACUAUUCUGAGGGAUGCAUGUCCAAACCUUGAGAGGCUCUCUGUUGACUUUCUUAUGCACAACUGGCCUCCCCACUACAAUGGGAUGCCUCACUUCAAGAAUCUCUUUAAAAUUGGCGAGGUUCCAACUUGGCCUCGGACACUUCAAGAGAUUGAGCUUUUGCAUCUUCGCCAAUGGGACAAACCUCGGGCGGCAACAUUUUUGACUUCUCUCGUCGAUGCUGCUCCUGACCUCCCAGACCUGCGAAAGAUUAACAUUGUGGCAACAGUGCAGAUGAACUGGCAAGACAGAGCUUCUUUUCGUCAGCUCUGGGAAGACAAGCUCAAGCGAACCUUUCUCCGCAAAGAUCUUGCCGCCAACACGACUUCCGACACGAUUCAUGCUUCUAGAGGGGUUACGGGUCAGCGGCACUCACAUCGGCAUAGUGCUCGCGUAGCCAGACAACGCCUUGCAGGAGUCGAUAACGGCGAGGAGGACGACGAAAUGGAGGAGACUGGUCAUGAUGUCAACAGCGAUAAUGCAGAAGACAAUGCGGGAUCCUCAAACGUUUAUGUCCAAGGAAUGUGUGAUAGCGUAACUUUCAGAAUCGAUGCCCUGCGUCCUGCGGAGAACCAAUACAGCGAAGGCGACUUUCUAGAUUCAGAGCAGAGCGGUGACGAGGACUGGGAAGGAGAAGAUUGGGACCCGGACAAUGACCGACACGCCUGGUGA